AUGUUGGUUGUACAAGUAAAAUACGCAUUCAAAGACGCUUUGUUUAAAUUCCCAGUAAAGUAUGAUGUAGGGGAGAGAAAAACGCAUUUGGACUCAUUAAAAAUCACAUUUCGUGAGAAUUUUCCUCUGCCAACAGAAAACAAUGCAUGGAUUAGAAAUUCAUACCCAAUUGCAGUUAAAUCAGGAAAUGAAGGUCUAACAGCACCAGAAGAAGGACAGUUCAUAGAACUGUCAACUGAUGGUGAUUUAAAAAGUAAAUUCGAUCAGCUUGUACUCGAAGAUUUUUGGGUAUUUGUGAAAGAUUCAUAUCCGGAACUGUCAAACAAAGCCUUGAAUUUUUUGAUCCCAUUUUCUACUACAUACUUAUGCGAAACUUCAUUUUCUGCAUUAAUGUAUAUAAAAAAUAAAUAUAGAAAUAGUUUGAAAAACAUUGAACAAGAAGUAAGGCUGAAAUUAUCCAAAAUUAAACCUAAUAUAGACAAGCUUGUCCGAGAAAUGCAAGCUCAAGGAUCACAUUAA